CGUUUGGGCUCCACUUCCGGUCGUUCCCUCUUCGACGCGGUGAGAUUCGACCCUCUGCCCGAGCCUGUCGUGUGCAGGGACUCCGUCGACAACGACUCCCCCAAGCACGAUGCAGAGUCCUCCAGCAACGCGGGGGACAACUCCACGCACUCGGACAGUACCUGUGACGUCAAGUCUGAGAGUGGCGGCCCCUUGCUGUCGCCCAAGACGCCGGAUACACCCAAAAAGCCGCUGCAUCCCAAGCUGCUCAAUGUGUCGGCACAGCUGGAGAUGAAGUCUCUGUGGGAUGAAUUUGAUGAGCUGGGCACAGAGAUGAUCGUCACCAAGGCUGGCAGGCGCAUGUUCCCAACAUUCCAAGUGCGGCUGUUCGGACUGGACCCUCUGUGCGACUACAUGGUGAUGAUGGACUUUGUGCCGGUGGACGACAAGAGGUAUCGCUACUCCUUCCACUCCAGCUCCUGGGUGGUGGCCGGCAAAGCUGACCCACACAUGCCGGGUAGAAUUCAUGUUCACCCGGACUCACCAGCCAAAGGUGCACAGUGGAUGAAACAGAUUGUCAGUUUUGACAAACUCAAACUGACAAACAACCUGCUGGAUGACAACGGUCAUAUCAUUCUGAAUUCCAUGCAUAAGUACCAGCCUCGUUUCCACGUGGUGUAUGUCAGCCCAAAGACAGAAGACGUUUCUCAGACAGAGAACUACAGGACUUUCAGCUUCACGGAGUGUAAAUUCAUGGCCGUCACAGCUUAUCAGAACCAUAGGAUAACGCAGCUGAAGAUUGCGUCCAACCCAUUCGCCAAAGGCUUCAGGGACUGCGACCCCAACGACUGCAGCAUGGUGGAGGUUUUGUCGCACCUGAACCCCUCUUGUGCCAGCAGGGCACGCACGCAGCAUCGGCCCAAUUCUCUGCCGUUGCUAGGCAACGCUCGUAAACGUGACGAGAAAGUGUCCGAAUGUCAGCCGGAAGCAGACAUGAACAGCGCUCUGCUCAGCUCCAUGCUACCUCCAGCACUUCCGGGUGGCCUUCCGACCUCCCGCCCCAGCGCCAUCUACAGCGAGUGCUACUCGUACGCUGCCUACACUGACCCCUACAUGACGACCGCCAAAGGGACCAGGCCUGGUCCUUACUCACGAGGGAUGGAGUAUACAGCAUAUGCCCCUAGGGUCAAGGGACUCUACCCCGCAGCUAACAACUUUGGAUACAGUUUCGACAGCCGGUGACACUUAACACAUUAAAGCGACCUGAACUGCACAACGAAAAAUUUUUUUUAUUUAUUCUUCCGUCCUGCACAUGCAUUGUUUCUACCUACAUUGUUGUUCCAGGAUUGUCUUUGACACUGUGUUGAUAAAGGACGUUUUUUAAGUGUUCGGGGUAAUGGAAGAAACGGAGAACACAUAUAGGGGUAACAAAUCCUCCUGCCUUUAUUGAACUCACUUUUAAGAGGCAAAAACCAUGCCUGUGCUUUAUUUUGAACUCUUCUGUUUUAUCUGUACUAUAUUUGUCACAUAUUUUCUGUGGCAUUAAAAAAAAUAGUUUUGACCAUUUAGCACAAACGCUGCGGCUAUGACAAGAAACGAACAGGGUGCCUUACGGUUGUACAAGUGUACUGAUAUUUUGGUGAAGGUUUCACAUUGACUCCCCUCCUGUGCCUUACAGCUGUACCCCCUGUACAUCUUUUAGAAAAGGUUUCGUAUUGAACCUACAGGCACCGCUCACUUGGAGGAAGACUCGUUUGUGCUGUGGACACGUGACUUUGCUGGCCCAGACUGAGUCAUGGGUGUCCUGCAAGACUGAUAUAACAUUUUAUGCAAAAGUUGUGAUGCACAAUGUAAGAGAUUGAAACCAGUGAGACAGCGCUGCGCUUCUUCCAGAUGUCGUCCAUUGUGAAAGAAAAGACAAAAGUUCAUGCGACAGAAGUUUUUUUUGUGUGUGUUAAUGUCAAAGUGUAAACUUCGUUGCGUGGAGCGGAGACAAACCAAGCAGCUCCAGAACAGUAAACGUGUAAGAGAAUGAUGCUUGGCCGUAAACAUGGCAAAGUUCUCCCCCUUGAACUCGUCGCCAGAUGAUAAGACGUUGACACCAAAUUGGUUUAUGUUGCCUGCGUGAAAACGUGUGUGUGAGAGAGAGAGAGCUGACGCCCUCGGUCACGUGAUGCCUUAUCGAGAUUUCAUGGAAUGCACUACUUUCCAAGGGUAAAUGUGGUUCUUCUUUUUUUUUUUUUUUUUUUUUUUGAAGUUCGCAGGACGAGUUAGCCGGAAAAUGCAGUUUUGCCUUGGAGACAUAGGACGAGUUCUCCAGGUGUAACCGCGUGCUUACAUCGGUCUUCCGACAGUCGGCCUUGCGACACUAGUAGCUGGUGGUGGUGGUGGUGUGAAUGCUAGCAUCUACAUAUUCGACAGACUGCUUGCAAACUUGUCGCUUUGAUGUCGCUGCUAUGUAACCUAUGCCCUACAUACGUCACAGUCACUGCAGUAGUAGUCAGUUACUAACGUUCGUCACGCGCGUCACUUCUGCCAGUGCACUGUGACGUGAUGUUCGCUCACCUGUUUUGAUCGGAACAACUGGGUUGGUCUCAGGUACUGUACACAAAUUCUGACUUUAGCUUUGUUUCAGUUCAAAUUCAGCUCUCUUAGUUUUGUGUGUUAAAAACUUGCUAUUCAUUUUUUUUCAUUAAAAAAUUUUAUGUAUAAAUUUUUUUUUGAAAGAUGCUGAAAAUCAUGAACACAACGAGAAAUGUUUGUUUUCGUCUGUUGUCUUUGUUAUCAUUUCUUUUUUGUUGGAGAUCAGAAAAAGAAACUCGAACGGAAUAGGGGGGUGGGGAAAGGUAAACCUCUGCGCUUCUGUCCGUGUUGUCGAAGGGUGCUGUCCCUUGCUGAGUCAUGCUCAUCUCCAUUCCAGUGAACUCUUGGGGUUGUUUAGGUGGUGGUAGUUGGGGUAGGGUAGGAGAGCAUGCCCACAUUGUAAUGCCCCCCCCCCUCUCUGUCAACCGUGGUGGAACUGUGCGCUAGAGAGCGAUACCUGGUAAAGAUUUAUCAGCACCGGGGUAGUGGAGGCAGUUUGGAGGAAACGAUGAGCUGUUUUUUUAACCUACAAUCCCUAAAUUUUUACCAUUUCUACGCCAAUCUGUAUCUUCCCGGAGGUUUCAUUAGAAGCCCCUUCAGUUUUAAGAUCGGCUUGGUCUUCGGAUUCGAGAAGGUGGGGCUGGGGUUUGAGUUUUAGUGACAGAAAAAACGACAAAACUUCUCUUUUCCUCUUGCAUAAACACACAAACACCUGGAUAAAACAUUUCCUCUAUCACAAUUGGAAUAAGCAACAGCCGUUCUCUCAUUCACAAAGGGGGAUGUCACUGAAGAAAGGCUAUGUUUCUUUGUAAAUUGUAGUGGGAAAAACACCUUCCCACCAGCCACACCUAAUGUCCAGUCAUGGGUGUCGACCUUAAACCAUGCUGAGUUGGUCAGACAGGAGACAGGGGUCUAGAAGCCAAUAUUAUUAUUGUGAAGGUUAAUCUGUAAGCCCCACUUCUUCCUGUUUAAGGCUCGAUACAUGGGCGUUGGUGUAAAAGUUCUUUUUUCCAUAUUCCUUGUUUAUCUUGCUUGUAUUUAUUUUUUAGUUUGCUUGCUCUCGGACAAUAAAGAUUUUAACAAGUACCAAGUUCA